AUGAAGGCCAUUGUUGCACGUGUCCUUGCUUCAAAUGAGUCUGACGAGGAAUCAGUGUUGAUGUUGGAUCCAUUAGCUGGAGGAAUUGCUAGUAUGUCUUUUUGCUUGGAAGAUAUUUUGGCCCGCGGGGAAAAGCGUCGCUUUUGUAUUAUAGUGACACAUCCUCAAAGUGACGAACUUGUGCGUCAGUGGCCAUUGGUUUCUGUAUUUCUAACUAUGCUAUUGGGGGAGUGGUCGGCUGCAACAAAAAGACGCCUAACUCUGGAGUAUUCCACCUUUCCAGAUUUAGAAAGGAGCCGUGAGGAGGCGCGUAAGCGCCCAAUGCGUUCAUUGAUGCGUUUAAUAUCCCAGAACACAGAGUCAGAAGAAACAGCCUUUAAACGUGUUCAUAGUUUUUUUGAGCGUGUCGUUCCUGUCUUGUUUGGUGUAGAACCACUAAGGCUCACUGGCUCAACAUUGGACCCAACGUCUAUGACGCAAAUGAAACAACGCCUUGAGCUUGAAAUUCCCCUAGUAAAUAUCGUUGAACUUGAUUUGGAUUCUCCCCCUGAAAAACAAGGCUGUCUUGGUAUAGGUAAUGGCAGAAUUCUGGCCCUAGGUGAAACUUUAACGGUAAAACCUCUCUCUGUUUGGAUUUUGGAAUUUGUGCAAAAGAAAGAGAAUGGUUUGCGGGAGAUAGAAACGCUUUUAGCCGCACUUUUAAGUGGAAUCCAAAUUCUUAUCUACGGAGAUGACAGUUUUCUGUGCGCUAAUUUGGCACUCUCGCUAUCUCAAAUCCUGCCGCGACCACUGCGACGCGUCACAGUUUUUGCAGAGGAAUAUUUGAUGCCAUACGAAAAUAGAAUCAUCAGCUUUAGCGAAAGUUUUUGUCAGAGUUCCCAUCUUGACCAUGGAUGCAAAUUUGACAAUGAAAUUUCAGUUAUGGAUACUGUUUGCGUAAGUGUCAGUUCUGAAGGUCACAUAGCCUCUGUGCACGAAUAUGAUGAACGGGUAUACGCCUUUGCAGGUGCAAGGCGUUAUUCGCCUCAUAAGUUGGCACCAACGCCCAAUAUUGUAGCACAGAUUGUGGAAUUAUUUCGCUCAGAGCUUGCCUCGCAGCUCCUAUCGUGGAACUGUAGAAUGCUUCAACUUCGAAUUGAAUCUAUGGUGAAUGAGUAUGUCAUACGAGGCCGGGUGUAUACUCGAUUGUUUCGACAUCAUGAAAUAAGGUGUAACAAAGGGGUGCUUGGCUUAGGCGAGGUGAGUGGCAAUGGUAACUCUUCAUUUACUGGUAUUGGGCGUACAUUUCGUCAGUUUAUAGGAUGUUCAUCGUUGCGACGUUGGUAUUCGACAUCGUCGGUCUUUUCUUCCCCAGAGCAGAAACACGUUUUAAGAGGUGACGCUUCUUCCUUCUUGUAUUCUCUAGAAAAGGGUGAUUUGAAUGCGUGGGUAACGACAAUUUCGGAUCAUAAUGUACUUCUUUUUCUUGGAAGCAGUAGCGAUAUCAUGUAG